GCGAGCGCGGGCCGGCUUGGGGGCGCCGCGCGAUGAUGCUCCGGGGCUGCCCCUGGCCCUGGCGCCCGCCGAACUGCUCCGGCCCCGGCCCUGCGCUCCUGCGGGUCCUGUGUGUGAAGCCGUGUGCCAGGCCGUGGGCCCCCCGCCCCCACCUCUCCAGCACAGCGGCGCCCCCCGAUGAAGUCACCGUGGACUACAGACACGGCCUCCCUGUGGUCACGCUCACACUGCCAUCCAGGAGGGAGCGCUGCCGCUUCGUUGUCAAGCCCCUGCUGACCACAGUGGACUCCUUCCUCCGGGACAUCCACAGCGAGGACAGAGGGAUCCGUGAUGCCGCAGUCUUCACCGCAGACGGCCGUGCUGUCCCCGCGUCCACCUCCAUGGGGACUCUGCUCGUCAGCGGCUUCCGGCUCGUCAUCGACCAGACACCCUACUAUGUGCGCUGCCCCAGGGAAGGCGGGGGCGGCCCGCAGGGUGCAGAGCUGGACCACCUCAAAUCCAUGGUGCACCGGCUUUACACGGCCCUGCACCUGGACGAGCUGCAGAAGAGGAGAGAGCGCCACCUGGUGGAGAGGAUCGGCCACCUCACGCGGCAGCUGCAGCCCCUGGAGCAGGUGAGAGCAGGGAUCGAGGCACGCGCUGAGGCCGAGGUCAGCCGGCAGCUUUGGGCAGGGCUGGCGCUGCUCUCAGUGCAGGGUGGGGCACUGGCCUGGCUCACCUGGUGGGUCUACUCCUGGGACAUCAUGGAACCCGUCACCUACUUCCUCGCCAUCGCCAACUCCAUGGUCUUCUUUGCGUACUUCAUCACCACCCGGCAGAACUACACAUACGCGGCCCUGCGGAGCCGGCAGUUCCUGCACUUCUUCCACAAGCGCUCACAGCGGCAGCGUUUUGACGUGGUACGCUACAACGAGCUGAAGGAAGAGCUCGCCAAGGCCGAGGAUGCCCUCAGCCACCUGCGCCACUUCCAGAGCCUGCGGAAGCAGCGGCCGUCAGUGGCAAAGGGCUCGGGAUCACCCCCGGAGGUGUCCGCUUGACUUCUCCAUCGGUCUCUGUUUGUUAAUAAUAAUUUUUAAAUGCUUACAUAACACACGUUUUCUUAGUUUCACUUGAGGUGUGUGGGUUGUGGCUUUUGGCCAGAGAGAAAUCGCGAAGUGGUCAGUGGAUUCUGCUGCUUCUGCUGGUGUUCUCCUGAGCACUACUCACUGGAGUCUCAAGCAUGUCAAAGUGGAGCAGGGCUGAGGCUGCUCCUAAAGCCGAGAACGAGGACUCGGAGGUUAUUAUGCCUGGAAACAAGCGUUGGUGCAUUUUAACCAACCACUGUGAGCCAAACCCCUCAACUGACCACAGUGUAGGAUUAAAGUGCUUGGUUUUCCCCCUCCUCUAAACUUCUAAGUAAUAGCUGGUUUCUCAUACCCAACUGGAACUGGGUCCGCAUUGCUAGUGGGUAGAAGAAAGAUCCUUGGCAAAAUGGGACCACUGCCCCCACCUAUGGUUCUAAAGUGGCAACGCAUGAAGGAAGAAGAGAACAUACAAACUCCAAACUGUUUCCAAGAGUCAUCAGCAUUUAUAAAAAAUUUUAUAAAACGGGGAUUGUGAUUUACUAUAAAAAAUUGUGAUUUACUAUAAAAAAUCAAGUAUUGCAAAUGUUCGUCAAUCUUAGCCAAAAAUAAAAGCCCUUUCACCGUGAUUUAAGCUUCUGUACCAUA